UAUCCCGUUUCAAAAGACGAAAAGGAAUACGACCGGCUCUUUUAAAAAAAUUCAGACAGAAAAUCACAACUAACGAAACCCCUCCAAGUAUGAAGCAGAAUCUACUGAAAAAGAAAACUAUGGAGAUUGAUAAGGCAAAAGUCGUCAUUGUUCCGAGCGGACUGGGCAGAGAUAACCGAAUUCGCAGAAGCACCGGUACAAGAAAUUUUAAGGUCUAUUCGGAAAAUGAAUUUUCUGAGAUUGAUUCUCGUACUAGGAAAUCUAUGCCAGUUACAAAAGGGUCUACUUUGGCCAGUACAAGUUCUCGAAAGGCUGUUUCGAAAAGUUUGGAGACGAGCAAAGGGAAAAAUGAUAGUUCUGCAAAAUCAAAUUUAAGAAGAAGACCAUUGGCGGAUGUCAGCAAUAUUAGCAGCAUAUCUUCAAGGAAUCUAGUGCGCAUUAGCUCCAAACCCUCGAAAUUUAUGCCAGCUACCAAAGGGUCUACUUUUGCCUCUACAAGUUCUCAAAAGGUUGUUUUGAAAAGUAUGGAGACACGCAAAGGAAAAAAUGAUACUUCUGCAAAAUCAAACUUUGGAAGACCAUCGGCAGAUGUCAGCAAUGUUAACAGCACAUCUUCAAGGAAUCUAUUGAGCAAUAGUUCCAAACCGUCUGUAUCAGCUAGUGUGGGCUCUAGGACUGUAAAUAUAUCAUCAAGGAAAUCAUUUCAGGGAGGUCUUAGUCAAGGUGGUUCCGGUUAUCAUACUUCAAAGAAAGUGCUUGUUAAAGAUUUGAAGGUUCCCUCAGGUUAUCAAAGGAUCAAAGUCACAGGGCAGGCUCAUGGUUCUCUUGUUGAUACAAAUGGCAGGAGGACAACAAGGACUUCACUCAUACCAACAAGGAAGUCUUUUUCUGUUUCAAAGAGGGAGGACCAAACGGAUAUCCUCGAGGAAAAUUCUGGAAGUUCUGGAAAAAUAAAUGAAAUUAAGUUCAAAGUUGGUAGGAAAAUAGUGCCCCGACUAAGCAAUUCUAGGACCCAUCAUUGGAAGAAUCGAGUGAGUGAUGGCUUCAUAAUAAUGGGUCAAAGAACUAUGGAUUCUCGUACAUUGUCGAGAAAUUCUUUUAGGCCAAUUGUGAAGACUGCUGUAAAGACUUCUGAUGCCAAAACGAAUACAAUACCCAACCUCACAAGGGAUUCAGAAAAAAAUGCAAUGGUCACUACAACUGUAUCAAAGAACAUGGAGGGUGCGGCUUCUUCUCUUCCUGAAAAUAUCACACAAGAAUCCAUCAACGUACAGCUUCCAUCUGAUGGUGAUUGCAAACCAAGUACAUCCGAUAUUAUUAUUACUAAAAAAAGUUCACGUCGAAGGAAAUCCUACACAUCUUUGUUAAUGGAAGGAUCAAAGCUACUAGAAGAACAUCAUGAUGUUCUUAAGCAAGAAAAGUUGCCAGACAUGGAUGAUGAGAGAAAUCAACUAGAAGUUGUUGACUAUGUUGAUGACAUAUAUCAGUAUUAUUGGGUUACUGAGACACAGAAUCCACCUCCCGCAAAUUACAUGUCAAUUCAAAUAAAAAUUACUCCUCAUAUGCGAGCUGUAUUGAUCAACUGGUUAAUUGAAGUACACCUUAAAUUUGAUUUAAUGCAAGAAACACUUUAUCUCACAAUUACAUUGUUAGAUCGAUAUCUUUCUCAAGUCACAAUAGAGAAGAAUGAAAUGCAGUUGGUUGGCCUUACAGCACUUCUACUAGCAUCAAAGUAUGAGGACUCAUGGCAAUGGAUUCCGAGGGUAAAAGAUUUACUUAGCAUUUCAGCUGAAUCAUACACAAGGGAGCAGAUGCUUGAAAUGGAGAAGCUUAUUCUUAAGAAAUUAAAGUUUCGGUUAAAUACACCGACUCCAUAUGUCUUCAUGCUAAGGUUCCUCAAGGCUGCCCAGUCUGAUGCGAAGCUUGAACACUUGGCCUUCUACCUCAUUGAAUUGUGUCUGGUUGAAUACGAAGCGUUAAUGUUCAAGCCCUCAUUGUUGUGUGCAUCAGCUAUCUAUGUUGCACGUUGUACCUUAAAAAUGGCUCCUCAUUGGACUCCAUUACUGUGCCAACAUGCACGUUACGAAGUGUCACAAUUAAGAGAAUGUUCAGAGAUGUUGUUACGAUUUCAAAGAGCUGCUAGAGUUGGACAGUUACAGGUCAUAUACGAGAAGUACAUGAGACCCGAACGGAGUGGUGCUGCAGCUCUUAAACCAUUGGAUAAGCUUCCUCUCUGAUUUCGUCCACGCUAAAGUUUGCUCUUAAUUUGUCAUUGAAACGUGUUAUGAUGUUAGAAAACUGUGUGCAAGUGAUUACAUUGGAUUGGAGCGUUUGUAUCUUUGGACAUCCUACGAAACCAUCCUUUGGUUCGGUGCUGCAGCUACUUCUAUUCUUGUUUGAGUUUGUGUUUGUGUUUGGCUUUAUAGAUGUGUGAGUACAUUGUAUCUUGCAAACCACUCGUUGUUUGUGUGAACCUAGUGUUUUGUAUAUAUAUUAUUGAUUUUACCUCUGGGGAGCUAACAAAUUUGUGAUUCAUUACUUGGGUCAAAUUGUACCACUUGCUUUGAACUUUUGGCUUGUUUUAUUGCCAUUAUUCAAUAUGCAAUGAAUGGGGAAUGUGAUAUAUUUAAUUAACUUGAAUUUAUUACAA